AUGAACCCUGGAGAAAAAGUUUAUCAACUCAAUGCGUUAUAUAAGGAAUAUGAAACCGUAACUGAUGACUUGCGAACCGCUCUCUUAGACUUUCUACCUGAGAUCAGACAAGAAUUGAACUUGAAUUUUAACCAAGUCGAGAAUCUGAGACAAUAUCUCAAUGAUAGAGGCACUCUCUUUCGCUUUCUGAGGAGGGCAGGUUUCGAUUUUGACAUCUCCCUGAAAGAACUUAUGGCUGAUCUUCGGUGGCGCAUUGAAAACGAUGUGGACACACUCUCCAUUGAAGAUGCGCACCCAUUUUUCUUGGAAAAGGGUCUUUUCUUCUUUCACAAAACGGAUAAAUUCAAUCGACCUUGCGCUAUAAUUAACCUACGGAAAUAUAUACAUGAGGAUGGAUCACCGACCAUUGAGGAGAUAAAAAAAUUUAUCAUCUUCGUUGCCGAAGUUGGUAGAAGGUUAUUGUUGGACAGAAACAAAAAGUCACGAGAUGAACCAACGUUGCAAUACGUCAUCUUGUUAGAUUUGAAAGGAGCUGGCGUUUCCACUUUGGACAUCGAAUUAGCACCCUUCACAGUCGACAUUAUGAGACAUCAUUUUCCUAGUUCGGUAGGAUCCAUAUUCGUACUGAAUUAUGGUUGGAUGUAUUCUGGAAUAUGGCAAAUAUUUAAGCGCAUCCUUCCGGAAGAAACCCUCAACCGAAUAUUUUUCCCUUCCGAAAACGAAGUGUUUAACUAUUUUGACAAGGAAAAUGUGUUGAUCGAACAUGGUGGGUCAAACGAUUAUGAAUAUGAAUUGGAAACAUGCGAGACGUUUCAACGUUACGGAAACCCUCUUCCGUUAUUACAAAUUCCAACGCCGUUGAGCAGAAUAACCUCAUUCGACUCCUUACACGAUGUAUUCUUCUCUGCUCACACCACACCGUACAAUAGUAGACCAUCUACUCCGUUCUUAAGUCGACCAGCAACACCCGUGUCGAGUCGUCCUGCUUCCCCGGGAUUGGAUCACAUGUCUGUGCCCAAUUGGCUGAAAAUGACGCCACGCGUAAUUCCAUCAACGCCAAAUGAAACUCGAACAAAUCUCGUUUCACCGAAACCUGAACGAUCAGGUUCGCGUCAUUUUCUCAAUGCGCAAUUUCAAUUUACGGCAAUCAACCCGGAAGGACCCGCAUCUACGUCGCAUAAUUAUCAUUCUCAUCCCAAAGUUUUCGCAAGUCCUACUGAUUCGACAACUCAACCAUCACAAGUUGCAAAUGAACGGGAAACAUCUGUUCACCACGUCCACUUUAAAGAUAACGAAACAAUCCAAUAUAAUAGUAAUGAUUCACUGAAGGAAUAUAAUCAAUACAGGAAAACUACAACGUUACGCAAACCGAGUGUUUAUCGCCUGCUGAGAAUUUACACCAAAUUGAAAGUUUAUUCACAACGAUUAUUGCGAAGAUUCAUCGCUCAGAAGAUAACGGGUGUACUUUCUUACCUGGUAAUGGUAGUCAUAUUUCGUGGUGGAUUGGCCAACGAAUUUUGGAAAUUGAUAAUCCAACAAAUUACCAUGCAACUUGGAUUGAAUUCAACCAACACCGCCACCGCAUUAUCAACCGCAUUUAAUGGUCGUGCUGGUAAUCGAUUAUUAGGAUUAUAA